UUACACAUACCUCCAUAAAAUAUUAAUGAAACACUGUUACUUGCAGGUGGCUGGGUGGAGACCGACCCGACAUGGGUGACACCGGACGUAUGGGAGGGGGGUGACGGACUCCGGUGGGAUGCCAGGUACGUCUUGGACUCCAACUUCAAGACGACUUGGAGGCGUGGGGAUGAAGACGCCACCUGGCAGCUGACGUUUGAUCUGCAGACGCAAAUGACGCUUUCUCGGAUUCGCAUUUGGUCUAUGCGUGAACUCCUCGUACAUAGCAGGCACAUGGAUGCUAAAGUCAUGGUUAUGACAGGACAGCAAUGGACCACUGUGCCACACAACACACACUUCAGGGGUGAGAAACCAAUGUCUAAGAAAGUCUUUCUAGAUCUGACAGAAUUUUACCUGACUGGGCUCCUCACCACAGGACAGCUUUGGCGCCUGGAGUUCCCGAAUGAGUAUCAUACACCAAUCGGAGAGGUCAAGUUUUUCCAAGCUUGCUCCGGAUUUGAGAGGACGGUGUGUACAGACGGUAACUGUGACGUACAUAACGUGGCCUGUGACGGGAUAGUGGACUGUGACGAUGGGAGCGAUGAAGACAACUGCGAUCAAGAGAUCUGUCCGAGUGGAGCCGCCAUCAACAAGACAGACGUGUGUGACGGUACAGACGACUGUGGAGACAAUACAGACGAGCAGAACUGCUGCGAGCGUCAAGGAAGGCUGGCCUGCAGCAAUGGACAGUGUAUAGAUUCACAAAAAAUGUGUGCCUUUACCCACAUUCCCUGCUAUGGUAUUCCGUAUUCACAAGAUGUUAGAUGUGACGAUGUGGAGGAUUGUUUGGAUGGCAGCGACGAGUCCUGCUCGGCCUCCUGUGACAAUGGAGCCCUGUUCCAUCAGCUUUCUCGGUGUGACGGCAGAGACGACUGUGGGGACAACAGUGACGAGCAGAACUGCGUCUGUUACUAUAUACAUGACAGAGGGACAAGCUACCGUGGCCUUGCAAACCGGGACAACUCCUGUCAGUUGUGGACAUCUCAGAACCCCCACCCCCAUAACCACACUCCCCAGGCCUACCCACGGGCAGGGCUGGAGCAGAACUACUGCCGGAACCCGGACGGAAAGGACAGGCCGUGGUGCUACACAAACAACCCGCUCAUCAGGUGGAUGUACUGCGAGGAGGUCUUCGCCUGUGACGCUCCCCCGACGCGAUGCUUCUACGCUUUGGAUAAGGGAAGGAGUUACGCAGGGCAGACUAACAGGGCAGGAGACCGGGUGUGUCAGAGAUGGGACUCCCAGUCCCCCCACAACCAUCCCCACACACCACAGGCGCAUCCUGAUUCAGGUCUGGAGGAGAACUUCUGUCGUAACCCUGACAAUAAGGAGCGGCCCUGGUGCUACACCACGGACCCGACAUUGAGGUGGAAGUACUGUGACGUGAUGGAAUGUGUUGACCCUUUAUCGCCGGACUCUGUCGGCCAGGACUGCGGUGGAGACUACACCUGUGCAAAGUCUUUCCCAUUACGACUUUGCUACUGUGACGAAGACUGCAGCUUUUUCGGUGACUGCUGCCAAGACUUUGAAGAAGGCAGUGAAUCCCAGACGCCGUCUGACCAUCACCAUCUGAAGUGGGACUGUGUGUCUGGCUUUUCUCAUCGCUUCAUAAAAGACACGGAAAAAAAAGAAUCCUAUUGGAUGGUUGUGGACUGCCCAGAUGAGUGGACAGAUGGCAUCACGAGGGAUAAGUGUUUAAAACAAGUGGACCCCUUCGAUCCGAGUGAGCUAGUCUACCGAAUGCCAGUUGAGGACGCUUCAAAAAUCCCCUACAGAAACAUAUUCUGUGCAAUUUGUAACAAUGUGUCUUUAACAGAGACAAUUCCUUGGGAGUCGCAAGUUGAGUGUACAGGGAUGCUUGACUUGUCUCCUCAAAUCCCUAGGGGUUCCCAAGAAUACAACAGCAUCAUUGAAAGUAGUGAUACAUAUUGUUUUGGAACGAAAACUAUAGCGUUUGUCCCUUUAGACACAUUGCAUGCUAGACUAUGUUUCCAUGUUGAUAUUUUAGAAGAGAGUUGUGAUAUCUCCUCCUGUAUGUCCUACAGUUACCCAAUAGGCAUUGGGUAUAAGACUUACAGAAAUGUUCACUGUGCUCUUUGUGAAGGACUGUCUCUUACGGCAACCGCAAACCUUAAGUGUGCUUCAGCUUUGGGUAAUGAUGAAUUACGAAAUGAUUGCAAUCUAUUGGACAACUGCCCCUCAAGAUUUUCACUAACUAAUCUGUUCAACUUUAAUUCGUAUGGGAGUGGUGGAAACAGUCCCAAUCAGUGUCCUUCCGACACUUUAUACGAUCCUUUUGCAGACACAUGCAGGUUAUUCUCGUCCUCCCGUAGAACUCACGGCUCAUUAAACAAUACCACCCCCUUACAAAACUGUAGCGAACCCGCUCUGACGUUCACAUCGGAAGAGUUCCGUGUCCUUCCCAGUGGUAGCGUCCACCUGUUGGGUUCUAACGUGUCCUGCACAGCUGAGCAGGUGGCCAUUCUGAACACAACAGCAUCGAUCUGCGGAGAGUGUAUUCUUCAGUACUUCUCAAACUACACACAGACAGCUAGCCCUUGGGACGCUGACCAGGGCUGGUUAACCCUAGGUCUUGUGAUAGCGUCCGCUGUAGCAGUGUUCGGUUACGUAGUCCACAAUAUCAGGUCUGGCCAGUGGGAGAAAGUCCCAGAAAAGCUGAAGGUUCAGGUGUUGGUAUGCAUGGCGUUUGCUGAAGUCUUGUUUAUGGUACGUGUGAGGGUCCCCCUCGGAUCGGCUUGUGCAGCGUUCGCGAUCAUUCUUCACUACUUUUUGUUGACGGCCUUCACAUCCAUGAACGCGCUUGCCGUGGACCUCUUUCUAACGUUUCGUGAUGCUUUAGAAAGAGCGAAGCUGUACCAGUACCUGUUGUACACAUGGUUGAUGCCGAUGCCUAUAGUUAUAGUGACCGUGAUUGUAGAGUUCGGCAGUUCCGUCAGUGUGGGGUACGGAGAGAACUGUUGGAUCGGCAAUCCGGUAGCCAACCUGCUGGCUUUUGGAGUCCCUGUUUUCAGCGCCAUUCUGGUCAAUGCUGUCUUGGCCACUUUUGUCUUGCUUGCCAUACGGAAGUCAUUUGUGAUAGCCGACAAGGCAAAGUCACGUUCGAGCAGCAGCAAGGCUUGGGUUUACUUGCGUAUCUCCUUCCUGACGGGGUUUACCUGGAUUCUCGGUUUCAUCUAUCCUUACGUCAACAGCCGAGCUGUCGAGUACAUCUUCAUUGUGCUGAAUGCUUCUCAGGGCCUUCUACUGGCCCUGAUGCUGACAAUAACAUCGAAGGUGGUGAAGAAAUGGAAGGUGGCGAUCAGGGAACGCUUUGGUCUGGCUGAAGCUAACAAAGACAAUAGAGCAAGCACCGCUGCCAUGAAGCAGAGGACCACCGUAACGGCGUGUGAGACCAGCUCUUCUGCAGACAUACCCCUGACAACUUUCACUGAUGUGGAGGAGAACAGAGCACGCAUUCAGCUAGAUAGUCUUAAUAAGGCCAGUGGAUGUACUGCCACUGUUAGCAAUCGGAAGACCACAGUGUGUGCUACAGAAAUGCCCAAGACAACGUUAGCUGAUGUCGAGAAAACUGCACGCUCUCAUCUGAACAAGCCUCAACAGGACAACGGAGCAACCGCCGCUGCAAGCACCAAGCUUGCCUCCACAGGGGGAACUGAAGCAGAUGCAGGCGGAAGUGACGUAGUGGCAGGCGGAAGUGACGUAGUGGCAGGCGGAACUGACGUAGUGGCAGGCGGAACUGACGUAGUGGCAGGCGGAACUGACGUAGUGGCAGGUGGAACUGACGUAGUGGCAGGCGGAACUGACGUAGUGGCAGGCGGAACUGACGUAGUGGCAGGCGGAAUUGACGUAGUGGCAGGCGGAACUGACGUAGUGGCAGGCGGAACUGACGUAGUGGUAGGCGGAACAGACGUAGUGCGUUCGGUGACCGCUCCGGAUAUAGAUGAAAAAGAGACUAGUUUCUAGUUUGAGCCGUUGACUUACUGACUUGACGUAUGUCAGGUAACGCUCCUCCCCUGUCACCCGAACCACUGCAGCAGCCCAGAAGACCCUGUUCAGCAUCGCCUUUCCCAUGCUGCCUGCCUCUAGUGCUGAGCCGUUAGAGACAGCAUUGACAGCAACAACAGCAUUAAGAUUCCUUGUACACCUUCCUAUUUCAAAGGGAAUCACUCAAAAUGUAAUCAGUCUCAAUGAUUUAUUACGUAAUUAAAAGCAAGCUCUAAUCUAGCCACAUGCAUUGCAUACUUUAAUUAUAGGGAGAAAGAGAGAGAGAGCUUUAAUGCGCGGUAUUUAAGCAGGUUCAAAGUACGGCAUCGUGUACAUACAUGACAGUUAAAUUAUUUCAAUCUCAAAUACAUUAUGUACUUCAUGAAAAACUUUAAUCAUGCAUACUGAUAGUCCAGAACAUUAUGUUUUAAAGGGAAAUAUAUACAUGCUAUGUCAGCUGUAAUCUCUGUUCUACAGAGUUUUAUAUGGGUUAUGUUACAUACUACUAGAGAUAUGAAAAGCUCAUGAUAGUUUUUGUUUGUGCAAUGUUGUAACAAUUUUGUCUGUCUUAUCAUACAUUGGGCAAUCUAUUAUGUGAAUUUGUUUUGAAUAUGAUUAUGGCACCAUUGCAAAGUUUUAUAAGGUUGAUAAAAAAACUCGAUAAAAAAGUUAUCGGCUCUUGCAAGAGAAAAGAGAAAAAAUGCCACGGAGUCAAAGGAUAGGAUAUGUAAAUAGAUAGGGCAUCAUUGAAAUAAUCAGAUGGCUUAUGUUGUAAGAAUGAGAUAUAGACUUUUUUGCGAAAUCUUCAUUGUUCACGGUGUAGUAAUUAGUGCAUGAAGAUUUCAGGAAAAUGUUUCAACUGUUUUUGUACCAUAAUGACUUUAACAAGAGGUCCAGUAUUUGCAAGAUAAGAAUAUCAGUUAAACAGAGAUUGUGUAACUAUAGUAAACAUGAUGCAGUGGAAAUGUAUAUGAUGUUAUUUGCAAUUUUCUCGUUACGAAGAUUACGGAAACAGGCCAUGUGAAACAAUGUGCCUGAGAUUUCACCAUUUAGAAAGCCUAAACACCAUAUUACUGACUAGGGGUGGGUACCGGUACAGGGAAUUCAGGUCCGGUUCAGGUGUGGAGGAUCAGGUUUUAGCACCUGAACCUGAUUCAGUAUGUGAAAACUUGUGAAUGGGCGAUACUUAAAACAAUGGUGCAUUUCGCAACAAACACAUCUGUUUUGUGGAGCAAUUGACUGCAAUUGGUGUUUUGAUAUCGUACAAGCUAACUGCCUCGGUACUAUUGACUGUAUAACUAGGUAGAAAAGACAAUAGAUUCUACUCUACUUCACUCUUGUUAGUUUCCUCGACCAGUAAGCCUCAAAACGUGUGAAUGCCUAAUCAGAUAAUCUGUUCAUUUUCAAAUAGGUCCAUUAUCUGGUUCACCUAAAUUUUUUCAGGUCCGGUUUUUUGAAACAGUCAAAUAAGAGAAAAACAAAACAAAACUUUUGUACCGGUACCCACCCCUAUUCCUGACUAUAGGAUUGAUUUAAUGCUUGCUGUUAGCAUUCAUUGGCCCAUGAUAUCAAACAUAAUCCAGUUAUUACUGUCAACUGAGUUUACUUCUUUUGAAUGGCAACAAUUCUAACAUUGAAAAAAGAUUCUCUUGAUUCUCUCUUAUGUUGAUUGUAUCAUCAUUUUUCAAUACUUACGUUUGAUUCAGUAUCAAUCUCCUACAGACUGAUGGCAGUUUAAUCUACUAAGUUUUCAAAAUCGCAUAUUUCUUUGAAUAUCAUCCUUGAUCCGUGUAUAAUAUUACUUGCAUGAUGGAGAUACCUAUCUCUAGUAGUAACAGAUAUAAUAAAAAUGGAAGAUGGAAUUAGAAUAGGCUAUUUAAAGGGGAAAGGAUCUGUAUCAAAAGCCAUUAAAGUGUCAGUUGCAUGUGAAAUUUGUAUUGAAUAUUGUAUUGAGUUCGUUUGUAUUGCACACCCGGUAAACGACCUCGUGGUGUUACACACCAAAUAUGUACUGAAGAGUACAAGCCGCAUCUUACUAACAGAUUUACUUGAUCCACUCACACCGUGUAGGACAUCUAGUGGUUUUAAUAAGUGUGGUGGGUUCUUUUAAGUCACUGAGGUGUGGUUAUCCUUA